CUUCCGCCAAUAGGUGAGGCUGGUUGAUGUCGUCGCUUCCGUCUUCCGCCAGGACUUUUCAUUAGUUUGUAAAGGAUGGAAUAAAGUUGUGUUCGGUUUCUAUGGAGACCGGGGCCCCUGAGGGGGCGCAGGUCUCCUCCUGGCUGCAGGCGGUAGAGGCGCACGUCCUGGAGCAGCUGAGAGACGGGGCGGCGGGGAGAGAACUCAUCCCAUACCUGAGGAGCCUGAGCCCCCGGCUGCCUGUCAGCUACAGUUUUACCCCGAUUUCUCAGCUCCUCGCCCUCCAGCACUCGCCCUGUGUCUCCCUCCUGGGUUGGGACACUGAGCAGUUCCAGCAGUGGAGCUCAGAUGGUUUGGGGCACAGGACAGAAUCCAGCAGUGCGCCCCCCGCCAUACUGCCACGGGCACGCCUUCUUCUGGUGGGGUACAUCACAGACCAACGCACUGAGGGGAACAGAGAGCAUGAUGGGAACCUGUAUAUCCGUGAUGCCAGUGGCUGUGUGCCCUGUGAGGUGUCUGAGUUUGAUUGCUCAUGUCUGGGAUCACUGGUCUUCUUCCCCUGCUGGACUUAUAUCCCUAUUCAUCAAAGAGCAGGCUAUGUGGAGGCCCUGUCACCCCCGAACCUCAUCCCCCGGCCUCAGGGCCCAGCACAAGCCCCAGAAGAUUCCUCCUCAUCCAUCACUCCUGAGGCUGCGCAUAGACUUCUACGAGACAGGUGUCAGCCCCGAGGAUCCCGAGUGUCAGUGAGCGGUCAGCUUUCAUCUGUCACAUCACUGGUCACCAUUAGGAACAAGACCUUCUUCUUCUUAUUCCUGCAAGAUACCAGACAGUCUGUAUCUAUCAUUGUACAGGUUCCAUCCAAGCUUUCCUGGUAUCACAUGUUACAUGUCGGUGACACGUAUGAAGUGACCGCGCUCGCAGUGUCUUGUCUUCGCGGGUCACAUCAGCAGGUGUUUGCCGUGACCUCCUCGUCCCUUCUUAUCUCACGGCCCCAGCUCUCUCCAUUUUGUUCCUCUACCCCCAUCAUGGAGAAUUCAGAAAAAGUAAUAGAACAAAGUGAAAUUAAAGCGUCACCUAGUCACCCCCAGGAGCAAGUUCCGGGAAGAUGGAGUAAAGAAUCCAAGACUUUAACUUACAAGGGGGUCAUCACGCGGGUACUGAAUGCCCCAGCGGGCUUGUACGAGCUGGACGGGGCGCUGCUUCUCUGCACGGCAUAUACGCAGCUGCGGAACGGUGGUAGAGGCCUGAGAGUUGGUGCCAGGGUGGAGGUCUGUGACGCCCACCUGCAGCAGUCUCCCAGCCCUCUCUCCCCCAGCCUCGUCCUCUCUUGCUGUCUCAGAAGCCGGGUCAGAAUAUGCGACUUCUCUCGUCUUGACACCCCGUGUUUUCUGUCCCCUGGAUCCGGUAACUUAUAUCUGCACCUCCUGUUCCGCUACCGGCUGCGGCUGCCCGAGUACCUGUGGGUAUGCCACAUCAUGGACAAGCUGCAGGAGAAACUGUGUCCCCGUCUGGUCAGACAGACCUGCAUCACCCGUCCCCUCAGUAAUGGAGCUGAAGGUCCUGCAGAGAAAUUAUUGUCCUCUACAUUGUCUUCUUGGCCCAAUGGGAGGAGUGAGAGGGAUUUACAGGAGGAGAUGAUGGCGGACCUACAUGACUGUCCACUGAGGGAGUACUCUCCGCUACCUCCUCCCUGGUGCCUCCCUCCGCUCUCUCUGUUUCCCUCUCUGGUCUGUUCCUCACCGAACCUUCAGGCAGAGGAGUCCAAUCGCCGUCUUCACUGGUCCCAUUACUCACUGAAGUCUGGAGACCUGACCCCUCCUCAUGUUCUUCUCGGUGUCCUUCAGGCCUCCUCCUCAGGAUCUCUGCUCUUAAAGGACCAGUCCUCUUCUCUCACCUGCCUGAUUUUGCCAGCUCCUCCAAUCGUCUGGAUAGGCAGCGUCCUCAAGGUUGGUACCUAUCAGCUGGUGAAAGAAAAUAUCCAGUUUAAGGAUGAUGAUGAAGAUGAGCGCAGCAGGACUUACGCGGUGUUCCUCGCUCAGGACGUGACAGUCCUGCACUCCUCCCAUUCCUCACCUUCUUGUCCAGUUCCAACAUCUGAGGUUCAGCCAGCGGUUAAAAUACCACGACUGGAGGCUUCCUGGGCACAGCGCCACCUAGUGAUAGAGAGUAUGGAGGGGAGGUGUGUGAGACCCGGACAUGACAAGGAGCUUCAGUUUCGGGCUACAGCUUCAUGGGUGGACAUGAUGGGGUCUUCUCCUGGAGUAGAGGACAAAGAUUCCAGGAGACUGGAAAAAAGUGUCACUAAGGUUAAAAUGAUGUUCUCUUCAUCUUCAGUCCGGUGGUUUCAUUUCCUCCAACCCAACAGAUUGUAUCGUAUGACGGCAACAGGAGAGACGGACUGGGGGAUAUUUGAUCGCUUAUCUGCUCCUCCCCUGGAUAUUGUCGGAGCUCCUCGACGUCUCCUGGUUCCCCCUGACUGGACACUAGAAGACGUAGAGCCCACAGCCUCCUCACUAGACCCGCCUGACGUCCUCUCUGUAGAAGAUGCUCUGAAGGAGAGCUCCGGUGGGUCUCUGCUGACUGUGACUGGCGUGGUGUCUAGCCGCUCCAUAUGUGAUACCCAAAGUAUGAGGACAGCGCCAACCAACAUGUACAGAGAUGGGUUCCUGCCUCCCGGAGCCGCCAUCAGAGUGAACCUAACACAGUCCCAGAGCCGUUCAUCUGUGUCUGUUUAUCUGGAUGUCUCUGGUGGCUCCUACCCUUUGGGACUUCUCCCAGGGACCACAGUAAUGCUGCAAGGCUUGGAGAGGAAGGUGUCCAGGUCUGGUAGAGUCUAUCUCCGCAGUGUUCUCACCACCCAUGUGAGCAUCUUGAGCCCACCAGCAGAGCACAGUGAGAAUGUCGCUGCUGCCCCUCUUGUGUUGUUUAAGCAGCUAACAGGGACCCCGACUCCUCAGCGUGCCCUGUGCUGCGUGUCCUGUGUCCUCAGCAUGACGUUACACUGGGACUGCUCCGCGUGCGGCAGCGCAUUCAUGAAGGGCUCCUGUGAACGCUCACCGUCCUGCACCUCCCAAUCUGGGAUCUUCAGAGCCAAAGCCUGGGUAAAGGCAGAGGAUGGAUCUGGAGAGGUGCAGCUCUUCCUUCAGGAUGAGCAGGUCUCAUUGAUGCUGGGAAUCUCCCGCAGCCUCUGGGAGGCUCUGCAGGGGCGGGUCCUGUCUCAGGGGAAGGUGGUGGUGAAGAGCCGGGGGAGGAGCAGCGAGAUGCCGAGCGACGAGUGCAGCAGAGACCCCCUGGUAGACCACCUAGCCUUCCUGAUGUCCCGUCCGGCCAUCGCCCGACCCAUAGUCCUCACAUUCAGGCAGCGUGUGGACGCCGCAGGAGCGGUAACUUCAGCCUCAUCACAGCUGACGCGCUUCACACGGUUGGAAAGGGAAUACAUCACCCGCAUUCCGGCAGCCCCUGUGGUUACUUGCCUACAGCUACAGCAGGUGGAGCCUCGGACCCUGUGUCACAUGAUUAGGGAUCGCGGCCGGUCGGCAGAUUGUCAAUAGCAAUAAUGGAUAUUUGA